UAAAUCAAAACUACUUCUUUGUUUAACCGCUGCUUCUCUUAAAGAUAUAUCAUCGAAUAAUUUCCUUUUAGUAAAUAAGGAAAUUGAUAUUUUCAGUUUUAAGGGAAAGUCUUGCAAGACAAAGCGCGGAAAAGCAUGCAUUUUUGUACCGCGUGAAAUGCAACGCUCUGUAUGUGACCGUAACACAAUUUACUGCUUACAAGGUUUCGGUUUUAUUAAAAUUUAUCGAAAUAAUUUGAUCUGUUAUACUGUUUUAAUUCAUAGUGAUUAGUUUUAGACUUAAUGCAGUGAUAUGAAAAUUCCUCCGAGUUUUUUCACUUAUUUUUCAGCGAUAUCAGUUAAUUUUCUAAGCUAUGGUGGAGGUUUGGGAUAUGGCUGGUCAUCACCAGCGCUGCCUAAACUUAGUGGAGAGGUUGAUCCAGAUCAGAAUCAACUAUCCAGACCAGCAACUCUGGCAGAACAGUCAUGGAUAGCUUCUCUAUUAAGUUUGGGUGCGAUGUGCAGUCCAUUCUUGUGCGAAUAUGUGUCAGGAAAAUUGGGAAGAAAAAUAAGUCUGUUACUAUUUUCUUUGCCGAUGAUUGGUGGAUACGUCAUAUUGAUAUUCGCAGACGAAGUUGUUCAUUUCUAUAUCGGGAGAUUUCUAAUAGGGAUAACCGAAGGCUCUAUUUUCUCAACAAUCCCCGUAUAUUCCGCCGAAAUAUCCGAGAACCAUAACAGAGGCACAAUCGGAGCCAUCAUGUUUCUAUUCGUCUCUUUAGGCCACUUCACGUCCAGCGUAGUAGGACCUAACGUGUCCCUACAAUUAUUCAGCAUAAUUUCUUUAGUACCCUGUAUAAUAUUCUUCGUUAGUUUCGGCCUGUUUUCCCCAGAAACUCCGUAUUAUUACGUCAUUCGUAACAAAUUUCCGGAAGCGGAGAAAAGCUUGAAGCAAUUACGUAAGAAGGAAGACGUCAGUGAGGAAAUGUCGGAGAUAAUCAAAUGCGUCACCGAGAUGAAAAGCAACAAGAAUAUUUCGGUUUUGAAGGAGAUUUUCACUGAUAAAUCUUCUUUAAAAGCAUUUGUUCUGUCGUUGUUACUCAUGUUGUUUCAACAAUUUACUGGUCUUAUUUAUAUUAUCGAUUACAAUCAGAAAAUUUUUGAUUCAGCUGAAACACCGUUAUCAGGAGAUAAAGGGGUUGUGAUAGUAAUGGCAGUCCAGGUAGCUGCAAUUUUAUUUUCAACCAAUGUUAUUGACAAGAUCAACAGAAAAACAUUGUUGCUUUUAUCUCUAACGAGUAUAUUCUUCUUGCACACUACUUUAGGAUCUUUUUUUUACUUAAAGCAAGAAAAUUUCAACGUUCAGUACGCUUCUUGGAUACCCAUAGCAUGCUUGAUGCUAUUUAUCACCGCAUACCAGUUAGGUAUAUGCCCAAUAUCGUAUAUAUUUCCUGCAGAGAUAUUAAAACCAAAUGUAAAGUCGUUUGGUAUAAUGUUGGUGUGUUGUAUAGGACUGUUGGCUGAAUUUUUGAUAGCCACUUUCUUACCUGUUUUGGAAGAACACGUAGGAUUCUACGUGCCUUUCUGGAUAUUUGCUGUUAUAAGUUUGAUAGCUAUAGUUUUUGUAUAUUUCUUUAUUCCCGAAACUAGAAGUAAGAGCUUUUUAGAAAUUCAGGAAUCUUUAGAACAUAAGAUUAAAUAAAUUUAUAGUUUUUAAAUGGCGUAUUAUUUGGUAAAUUUCUGAAGCCUCUGAAAAAUUGACAGGAAAGUAAUGAAAUGAAAUGGAAGACAAUAAAUAUGAUGUAACUAUAUGGUUAGAUCACAUUUUUAAGCCCACAGCUUAUUCAGUACCAGCAGGUUAUUUUCGCUUCUUUUUGACUACCUGAAUUUUACCUGCUGUAUGUACCUGCUACCUGUUACCAAAACUGGUUGCUAUAGCACCAGUUUUGGUAGUUUCUUUGAUACAUAGUAGUAGUAUAUUUUCUAGUAGUUGUUACAUAACAUUAGAGUCCCAUA